AUGUCUUCGUCGAAGAAGAUCACGCUGAAGAGCUCCGACGGAGAGGCGUUCGAAGUGGAGGAGUCGGUGGCGCUGGAAUCGCAGACGAUCAAGCACAUGAUCGAGGACGAUUGCGCCCACAGCGUCAUUCCUCUCCCCAACGUCACCAGCAAGAUCCUCGCUAAGGUCAUCGAGUACUGCAAAAAGCACGUCCAGAUCUCCAAGACCCAAGAUCGAUCUGCCGAGGACGACCUCAAGACCUGGGACUCUGACUUCGUCAAAGUCGAUCAGCCCACUCUCUUCGACCUCAUUCUG